UGUGGAAUGCACACACUCCCUCUCACACACCCUCACUUUCAGUCACAUAAGUCGAUUAAGUCAAUGCUCCUUCCUGUUUUUCGCGAGUUCCCUCUCUGUUUUGUUUCUUGUUUGACUAGGUUGGGCUAAGUUGGAGCUCCAGGAGAGCGUGUACUGAAGGAGGGCUGAGCAGAACAACAAAGUUGCUAGAGAGGACAGGCUGUUUCUUUAAAAACCUUUACAGGACUUUUUAAGUGGGGGAAACCCAGGAUUCCCAAAGACUGUUAAAGAGUAAACAUCACACACAUCCUGACUGUAGGAAAGGAGAGGAGAGGGCCUUAAGGAGCAUGGAAGCACUGAGGGAGUCUUUUCUGCAUUUGACCUUUCAGAUGUCCACGUACAAGAGGGCCACUCUGAACGAAGAUGACCUGGUAGAUUCCAACGGGGAUGAGAUCUACCCCCCUGCCAUGCAGGUGACACUGCGACAUGGUCCUGGUCCUAGGUGUUGGGCUGAGAAGACAUACACUGAGCGGAGGCUGUUGGUCCUAGUGUGUGCAUUGUCUGUUGCCUUGUUCUUCUCUCUCAUCACUGUUGGGAUCUUCUACAAAGAGACUCACCCGGGUAUGUGUCGGACAGAGCCAUGCAUUACUGUGGCCAGUGCUGUGAUUGGAGCCCUGGACCGUUCUGUGGACCCCUGCCACGACUUCUACAGCUUUGCCUGUGGGGGAUGGGUAAAGAACAACCCCCUCCCUGAGGGAAAGUCCCGAUGGGGUCCCUUCAGCAACCUAUGGGAGCGCAACAUGGCCGUCAUGAAGCACCUGCUAGAGAACACCACCAUGAAGGGGCUGAGCAAGGCUGAGGAGAAUGCCCAGAUGUAUUACAAGGCAUGUAUGAAUGAGACUAAGAUCGAAGAGUUAGGAGCUCAGCCUCUACAGGAGCUCAUCAAUCAGACGGGAGGAUGGGCCCUAACUGGCUCCUGGGACAACAACAAUUUCCAGGAGGUUCUACGCACAGUGUCAGCCAACUACCAUUGCUCCCCCUUCUUCACUGUCUUUGUCAGCACAGACUCCAAGUGCUCCAACCACAAUAUUAUCCAGGUGGAUCAAUCUGGGCUGGGGCUCCCCUCUCGGGAUUAUUACCUCAACAAAACUGCCAAUGCAAAGUAUCUGAAUGCAUACCUAGACUUCCUGGUGGAGUUAGGGGUCCUGUUGGGGGGCUCACAGGAGACGUCCAGAUCGCUGAUGCAGGAAAUUGUGGACUUUGAGACCACCCUGGCCAACAUCACCGUACCCCAGGAGGAGAGGAGGGACGAGGAGCUAAUUUACCAUAAGAUCCAGGCAAAGGAUCUGGCGACUUUGGCUCCUGCGGUGGACUGGAUGCCUUACCUCACAGACGUGUUUGCUCCUGUUCUUCUAAAUGACUCGGAGCCUGUGGUGGUGUACGCCAAGGACUACCUCCAGAAGGUCUCUGACCUCAUUGCAAGCACUAACAAGAGUGUCCUGAACAACUACAUGAUCAUGAAGGUGGUGAGGAAGAUGGUGUCCAUCCUGGACAAGAAGUUCCAGGAUGCUGAGCAGCGCUUCUUUGAAGUCAUGUAUGGAACCAAGAAGAGCUGCACCCCACGCUGGAAGCUGUGCGUCAGCGACACAGACAGUGCCCUCGGCUUUGCUCUCGGGGCCCUCUUUGUCAAAGCCACUUUUGCUGAGGACAGCAAGGCCAUUGCAGAAGAUAUGGUCUCUGAGAUCAAAUGGGCAUUUGAGGACAGCCUGAAGUAUGUGGACUGGAUGGAUCAGGGGACCAAAAAGGCAGCCAAAGAGAAGGCUGAAGCCAUUUACAACAUGGUUGGAUAUCCAAAAUUCAUAAUGGACCCCAAGGAGCUUGACAAAGUGUUCAAUGAUUUUGAGGUGGUGUCUGACCUGUAUUUUCAAAAUGUCAUGCAGUACUAUAACUUCUCUGCCAGAGUGACUGCGGACCAGCUAAGGAAAACCCCAAACAGAGAUCAGUGGAGCAUGACCCCUCCUACAGUGAAUGCAUACUAUAAUCCUACCAAGAAUGAGAUGGUGCUCCCUGCAGGAAUCCUUCAAGCUCCUUUUUAUAGCCGCUCAUGGCCAAAGGCCCUGAACUUUGGGGGGAUUGGUGUAGUUAUGGGACAUGAGUUGACACAUGCUUUUGAUGACCAAGGGAGGGAGUACGACAAGGAUGGGAACCUCCGCUCCUGGUGGAAGAACUCGUCUGUGGAGGCCUUUAAGAAGCAGACCCAGUGUAUGGUGGAGCAGUACAGUAACUACAGCAUCAACAAGGAAGCCCUCAAUGGAAAACACACCUUGGGAGAGAACAUAGCUGACAAUGGUGGCCUGAAGGCUGCCUACAAGGCUUAUGUGAACUGGAUUGCAAAGAAUGGAGAGGAGGCCACUCUGCCCGCCCUGGGGAUGACUAAUCAUCAGUUAUUUUUUGUUGGAUUCGCCCAGGUAUGGUGCUCAGUUCGAACUCCGGAAAGCUCGCAUGAGGGCAUCAUCACAGAUCCACACAGUCCGUCAAGAUUUCGAGUUAUUGGCACCAUCUCCAAUUCCCAUGACUUCUCCGAGCACUUUGGCUGCAAGGCAGAUGCCCCCAUGAACCCUAAACACAAGUGUGAGCUUUGGUGAUGCCUAGCUACACAUUGGUUGGUCUGGCAGGUGGCAAAAUGGACACUGGGGACAUGGAGCAUAAAUAGAUGCAGAGGUAAAGUCUCUAAGGAAGUAGAGUACUGGUCUCGAUAGCACUGAAAAUCCAGCUGUCUUACCCACUACACUUCUCAGUGUCCUUAUGAGGACUGAAGCUGGAAGUUGAGCCAGACCCAACUAUCUUCAUAAAGAAAAUUUGUUAUAGAAAUCGGCCUCUCUUUCCCCAAUGGAACUCUGAAAAUGUGCCUUCGUGUUCACUUAAUGGAGGGACAAUUUUAACACUGGAAACCAAAGGAACGGUUAUAAAAAGGGGAAAACUAAUGGGAACUUCUCUCAAUAAGAUUUUAUGAAGUUGUCAUAUGCGUUAUAGUGAUAUUUAUUUGUUUGUCAGUUAUAUCAAUCCACCUUUGUGUUGUCUUCAGUUAUUGUAUAUUUCUAGACUGCAAAAGAAAAUGACGAGUUGCAAUUCCUGGAUUUGGAUUGAGAUAUAAUCCAGAGGAAACGGUCAAUCACAUCUACAGUAUAAUACAAGUUACUGUCAUAACAAGUGGAUUGUAAAAGCCAUAUUUUAUUAUUGCACAUGAUUGAGCCGGUCAAUAAGCCCUAUGUGUAGGCCUAGCUUGUUUCUGCAUCAACAAAACCUAACACUGAUUUGGGUUAAUGUCUCCAGUUUAUGCAGUAGUGGUGUUGUAAGGAAGUGACCCUCACAUAAUCGCUAAAUGCCUGAUAUAAGAGACAUAUUUAAACAAAUAUUAAAUCAGAGAAUUCUGAAACUCAAGGAUGUACUGUUUAACCAUUAUUUAACUGGGCAAGUACUGAACAAAAAUAUAAAUGCAGCAUGUAAAGUGUUGGUCCCAUUUUUUUUUUUUACAAGCUGAAUUAAAAGAUCCCAGAAAUAUUCCAUAUGCACAAAAAGCUUUUCCCUCAAAUGUUGUGCAUAAAUUUGUUUACAUCCCUGUUAGUUAGCAAUUCUCCUUUGCCAAGAUAAUCCAUCCACCUGACUUUGAGGCAUAUCAAGACGGUGAUUAAACGGCAUGAUCAUUACACAGGUGCACCUUGUGCUGGGGACAAUGAAAGGCCACUCUAAAAUGUGGCCACACAGAUGCCACAGAUGCCAAGUUUUGAGGGAGCAUGCUGACUGCAGGAAUGUCCAACAGAGCUGUUGCCAGAGAAUUGGAUGUUCAUUUCUCUAUCAUAAGCUGCCUCCAAUGUCAUUUUAGAGAAUUUGGCAGUCCAUCCAACAACCGCAGAUCACGUGUAACCAUGCCAGCCCAGGACCUCCACAUCCAGCUUCUUCACCUGUGGGAUUGUCUGAGGGGAGUGGGGUAUUUAUGUCUGUAAUAAAGCCCUUUUGUGGGGAAAAACUCAUUCUGAUUGGUUGGGUGGGCCUGGUUCCUAAGUGGAUGAGCCUUUGCCCUCCCUGGCCCACCCAUGGCGGUGCCCCUGCCCAGUCAUGUCAAAUCCAUAAAUUACGGCUUAAUUUAUUUAUUUCACUUGACUGAUUUCCUGCUAUGAACUGUUACUCCGUAAAAUCUUUUAAAUUGUUGCAUGUUGCGUUUAUAUUUUUGUUCAGUAUAUUAACCAUUGAGCAAGUCACGUAACAUUUUUAUUUUACCGUUUUGUAUCUGGUCAUAUAUGACAUGACUUCUCUGUGACGUUACUAACUGUUCUUAUCUCAUAGAAAUGUUGUCACCAUUCUUUUGUAUGACCCAUCUAUUUCGAUGGCCCAUCUGAGGCAUCAUGACGACACCUUUAACGUAAUGAUGAACCUCCGUUGUAUUCCCAAACAAUAAAAGUAAAUUAAUAGUG